AUGCACUUGGUUGUUACAAGACAAGAAGUCAUGAGGAUUGUCAUCUCAUUUUCAUACACAGACCACUCCAAUAAACAGAAACAAGCUUCUGGUUUGACAAUGAUUCAACCAUCAUCCAGUCAAAAAAGGAAGCCAUCUCAGCUACCUCAGGCAGUUAUGGUAAACACGUCUGUUGAAAACUUCACAAGGGAAGUUCCUAAAAUGGCACAUGAGUGGGAAUUUAAGUUGGAUGUGUUUCAGAAACAAGCUAUACUGCAUCUGGAAAAGAAACACAAUGUGUUUGUAUCAGCUCACACAUCAGCUGGGAAAACGGUUGUUGCGGAAUAUGCUGUAGCUCUCUCUCUCGAACAUGGUACCAAGGCAAUAUAUACAUCACCAAUCAAGACAUUGUCCAACCAGAAGUACUGGGAUUUCAAGAAUAUAUUUGGUCGUGAACAUGUUGGCCUGCAGACAGGAGAUAUCCAAUUGAAUGAAAAAGCUUCCUGUGUCAUCAUGACAACUGAAAUUCUAAGGUCAAAACUGUAUGAUCAGGACCUCAGUGAUCUGGAAUGGGUCAUCAUUGAUGAAGUACAAUACAUUGGUGAUAAAGUGAGAGGAGUCGUUUGGGAGGAGGUUUUGAUCAUGCUACCAGAUACUGUAAAACUGGUUCUUCUGAGUGCAACAUUCAGUAACACUAUGGAGUUUGCUAAUUGGAUUGUGAAGAUAAAAAAACAAUCAGUCUAUGUAAUUUGUACUGCAAAACGACCCGUGCCUCUGCAUCAUUACAUUUAUACUGGAACUCAGAACAUCACAGAAAAUCAACUGUUUGAAAUUGUAGAUGAGUCUAAACGUUUCAACAAUGAAAACUAUCGAAGAGCUUGGGCUGCGUAUGAAAACCAAAAGAGAGCAGGUUUACGAAAUGUCAAGCAAAGAAAUCAGUACUUGCCAUUUGUCACAAUGGUACUAUACCAAUUAGAUUAUUUACCAGCACUUGUGUUUACAUUCGCGAAAGCAAAAUGCAGAGAUACUGCAUUGACUUUACUGGGCGCUGAUCUGACAAGCCGAAAAGAGAAGAGUGAAAUUGCAGUUUUUUUGAAUAACUCCUUGAAAAGCUUGACAGAGUCAGACAAGAAAUUAUUCCAGAUCAUUCAGUUGAAGGAGAUGCUGAUGAUGGGUAUAGCUUAUCACCACAGUGGAGUCUUGCCACUUUUGAAGGAAAUUGUAGAACAUCUGUUCCAAAAGGGUCUUGUGAAGGUCCUAUUUGCUACAGAGACAUUUGCUAGCGGUGUAAAUAUGCCAGCAAGAACUGUGAUCUUUGACUCCAUUAAUGAAAAGUAUGAUAGAGUGAAGAGACGUACUGUUAAUUCAGCCGAAUACAUUCAGAUGGCUGGCAGAGCAGGUAGAAGAGGCAAGGAUGACCAUGGUUUCUCUAUCAUUCUAUGCGGAGAUCGCAUUCCUAAUGAUUCAAUAUUAAGAAGUUUCCAACAAGGAAAGGCUUGUCCUGUUGAAUCUCAGUUUUACCUCAAGGAUAGCAUGAUCCUAAAUUUACUUCAUAGGGCUAAGUUCCGAAUACAGGAUAUCCUCAAGCAAAGCUUUGCAGAGUAUUGCAGAGAUUUAUCUAGGGAAACGGAACUUUUAGCUUUGAAACAUAGGUUAAAUGACAUCAAACCUGCACCUUGUGGCCUGUGCGAAGAGGAUCUGGAACAGUACUAUUACACAUACAAAAAGAUUAAUAGUUUAAGACCAUAUUUACAGAAUUACGACACAUGCCUAAGGAAGGAUAUUGCAGACUCUCGCCCAAAUGUCAUUGUCAUUUGUUGA